GGGAAAAUGGCAGAUCUGGGGCGCAGAAAUAUAAAUCAGAAAUUCGCUGAAAGUCUGUACAAGUACAGUCGUCCAAGGAUACCAGAAUAUUCUCGCCUCCAUCCAGUGGUGCCACGGCUCUAUGUCCAGGAAUGGAAGACCGAUAUGAAGAACAGGGAGCUGAUUGUUAAGAAUGCAGAGCUGGGAGGAAUUCCUCACGUGGAACAUGAUGAAAAUAUGUUCUUAGAAAAACGUGAACAGAUGCACUACAAUGUGGAGGACCGGAAUCGUGUUGAGGGAAAGUACAAAAUGCCAAGCAGGGCAAGAUUACUUCAGCCUGAUUUCCACCACGAAACCUCUAAAUACCAGAGUGAACUAAUGUUCCGCAGAGCUAGCGAUAUAACAGAAUAAGAAUUGAACUUUUGAUAUUUUUGAAUAAACACAAUGUGAUAUAGGGUAUGCUAUGAACAUGUUGUGAUAUGAAUAUACAUGUCUUAUGUGGAUUUCGUCCAGAUUUAAUGCAGUAUGGAAGUUACUGGUAUUAUUGAUCAAAGAUCCCUUUGUCACACUCAUAUGAGGGUUUAAUUCAUCACAGGCCUUCUAUUAUUCACAAUCAGUAUUAGUAAUUUACUUCACAAUGGUUAACUUGCCAUUUCCAUAGACUUGUGCAAACUGUGAUUAUCUAUUUUUGUAAAUCUUUUAUUAUUACAUAGUUUUACAAUCACAUUAUGUUUUUCUUCGCACCUGCUUUUUAAUAUAUCAUUCAGACUUUAAAUAUUUUAAAAAUUCUAUUUACUGUUGAGAGUUCUUUUGCCGAUAUUUUCCCCUUUAUAUAUAUGGCACACUCCUAAGUAUUUUUUGUACCUUAGUCAUACAUAAUGUUGGAAUUUUGUAUCUAUAUGUUGCAUGCAGAGUUUUACCGAAACAUAUUUUCCUUCUUUGGUUUGAAAAUAUUUCUCACAGGGGCUUUCAGCAAGUUUUCAUAAUAAUGAAUUUUAAAAGCAUGACUUAUUUUGGGUUGAACUUAAGCUUGUUUU